AUGGCCGACAUCCAAAGGGAGAAAGAGGACUCGUCUUCGCACGGCUCUCCAGGCCACGAAGAGAAGAGGGACUCAGUUGGCAGCGCAGAAGAAAAGACCCGUCACGAUGUCUUCGACGUUGGCCCAGACACCAAGCAGCUCAACGCUGUCUUCGAAAAUCCUCUGGCCGGCAUCGAACCGUCGCAACUCAAGAAAGACGUUGAGCAGUUUUGCUCUGACUUCGACCUCAUGGACCAUGUGGACGCAUUCCAGAAAGGAGCGCUCAUUGCGCGCGACCCCCCGAACGGCGCAGAUGUGGAAGGCUUGACGCCGGAUGAGAAGGAAGCUAUCGUUAGAGAGAAGACUCGCAAAUGGCAGCACCCAUGGAUGCUCUACUGGCUGGUUUGCAUGUGCUCACUCGGCGCUGCGACCCAGGGUAUGGAUGAAUCUGUCAACAACGGAGCCGUGGCAAUCUAUCCGAGGGAACUCGGCUUCGAAAACAAGGGCGAGAUCUAUCAAGGUGUUGCGGUCAGCGCUCCGUAUCUCGCUUGCGCAGUUCUCGGUUGCUGGCUGAACGAACCCAUGAAUCGGUACUUCGGUCGACGCGGAACCAUCUUCAUCUCGUGCUUCAUUGCUGCGGCAGCGUCUGUUUGGGAGGCCUUCACCUAUUCUUGGGGCCAGCUCUUUGCUGCACGAUUCUUCCUUGGCCUCGGCAUCGGAGCGAAGUCAAGUACUAUUCCAGUCUAUACCGCAGAAUGCGCUCCAGCGCCCAUUCGAGGUGCUUUGGUUAUGCAGUGGCAAGUAUGGACUGCGUUCGGCAUCAUGCUUGGUAACAUCAUGGGUGUCGCCUUCGGCGGCCUUCCCGACUCUGUCAACUGGCGCUACAUGCUGGGUAGCACGGUGGUGCUUCCUGUUAUCGUAAUGGGACAGGUGUACCUCUGCCCUGAGUCUCCUCGAUGGCUCAUUCAGAAGGAUCGCAUCAGCAAGGCAUAUCGGGAGUUCCGGCGCAUCCGCAACACUGACGUACAGGCUGCACGAGACACGUACUACACCUUUGUUGGUGUUCAGAUUGAGAAGAAGGUGAACAAGGACAAGAAUCUCUUCGUGCAGUUUUGGGAGCUUUUCAGCGUUCCGCGUAACAGACGAGCUACUUGGGCCACUUGGAUUGUGAUGUUCGGCCAGCAAUUCUGCGGAGUCAACGUCAUCGCCUAUUAUUCCACGAACAUCUUCCUUGACGGAGGCUAUUCCAGGAACUCGGCCUUGCUGGUCUCGAUGGGCACAGGCAUCCUCAACUGGGUCUUCGCGCUGCCGGCGUUCUUUACUAUUGAUACCUACGGCCGUCGAUUCCUUCUAUUAAUAACGUACCCGUUCCUGUGCGUCGCACUGCUCUGGACCGGCAUGUCCUUCUUCAUUCCGGCGGAGCAGAAGGUCACCAGAACUGCCAUGAUCACCACGGGAAUGUAUCUCUUCGAGGUUUUCUACAGUCCUGGUAUGGGACCGGUUCCAUUCAGCUACUCCGCUGAGUCCUUCCCGAUUCAAGUGCGAGAUGUUGGCAUGGCUUUCGCAACUGCAACGACUUGGUGCUUCAACUUCAUCCUGGCCCUCACAUGGCCACUCCUGGUCGAAGCCUUCCAGCCACAAGGCGCUUUCGGCUGGUACGCAGCAUGGUGUGCCAUCCUCUGGUGUCUGGUCCUCCUCUUCAUGCCUGAGACGAAGCAGUUGACGCUGGAGGAGCUUGACCACGUAUUCAGCGUGCCUACCUGGAAGCACUCCUCGUACCAGUUGAAGAAUGGUGUCUGGCACUUCAAGAAAUAUGCACUUUUCCAGCGCGACCUGGAGCCCAUGGAGUCCUUCUACAAGGGCGCGGAGAAGAUGAACGCUGUUUGA